GCAACCAUCUUCUUCUUCUUCACUCCCCCUCACGGCUCCCCCUCUCCGCGGCCGGCCACUUCUCGAUCCCGGCCAGCUGAGACUCAGAUCAUCGAUCAGCUCGAUCGAUCGGGUGUGAGAGGAAUUAAUUGGAGAAUCGAUCGGAAGAAGGUAUACAGAGCCAGCUGAUAGGUUGCGCUCAUGGGUGCGGCAUUCUUGUCGUCGUGGCCCUGGGAUAACCUUGGAGCAUACAAGUAUGUGCUGUACGCGCCGCUGGUCGGGAAGGCGGUGGCGGGGCGGGCGUGGGAGCGGGCGAGCCCCGACCACUGGCUGCUGCUGCUGCUCGUCCUCUUCGGCGUUAGGGCCCUCACCUACCAGCUGUGGAGCUCCUUCAGCAACAUGCUCUUCGCCACCCGCCGCCGCCGCAUCGUCCGCGACGGCGUCGACUUCGAUCAGAUCGAUAAGGAGUGGAACUGGGACAACUUCUUGAUACUGCAGGUGCACAUGGCGGCGGCGGCGUUCUACGCCUUCCCGUCGCUGCGGCACCUCCCGCCCUGGGACGCCAGGGGCCUCGCCGUCGCGGCGCUGCUCCACGUCGUCGCCACCGAGCCCCUGUUCUACGUCGCGCACAGGGCGUUCCACCGCGGCCACCUCUUCUCCUGCUACCACUCGCUCCACCACUCCGUCAAGGUGCCCCAGCCAUUCACAGCCGGGCUUGCGACGCCGCUGGAGCAUCUGGUGCUGGGGGCGCUCAUGGCGGUGCCGCUGGCGGCCGCGUGCGCGGCGGGGCACGGCUCCGUCGGGCUGGCCUUCGCCUACGUCCUGGGCUUCGACCACCUCCGCGCCAUGGGCCACUGCAACGUCGAGGUGUUCCCCGGCGGCCUCUUCCAGGCGCUCCCCGUCCUCAGAUACCUUAUCUACACCCCAACGUACCACACGAUCCACCACACCAAGAGGGAGGCCAACUUCUGCCUGUUCAUGCCGCUGUUCGAUCUCAUCGGUGGCACCCUCGACGCCCAGUCCUGGGAGGCGCAGAGGAAGACAAGCGCAGGGGUGGACGAGGUGCCGGAGUUCGUGUUCCUGGCGCACGUGGUGGACGUGAUGCAGUCGCUGCACGUGCCGUUCGUGCUGCGGACGUUCGCGUCGACGCCCUUCUCGGUGCAGCUGUUCCUGCUGCCCAUGUGGCCGUUCGCCUUCCUCGUCAUGCUCAUGAUGUGGGCCUGGUCCAAGCCCUUCGUCAUCUCCUGCUACCGCCUCCGCGCCCGCCUCCACCAGAUGUGGGCCGUCCCCCGCUACGGCUUCCACUACUUCCUGCCGUUCGCCAAGGACGGGAUCAACAAGCAGAUCGAGCUCGCUAUCCUCAGGGCCGACAAGAUGGGCGUCAAGGUCGUCAGCCUCGCCGCUCUCAACAAGAACGAGGCGUUGAACGGUGGCGGGACGCUGUUCGUGAACAAACACCCGGGGCUCCGCGUGCGCGUCGUCCACGGCAACACGCUGACGGCGGCGGUGAUCCUCAACGAGAUACCGGAGGGCACCACCGAGGUGUUCAUGACCGGCGCCACCUCCAAGCUCGGCCGCGCCAUCGCGCUCUACCUCUGCAGGAAGAAAGUCCGCGUCAUGAUGAUGACGCUGUCGACGGAGAGGUUCCAGAAGAUACAGAGGGAGGCGGCGCCGGAGCACCAGCAGUACCUGGUGCAGGUGACCAAGUACCGGUCGGCGCAGCACUGCAAGACGUGGAUCGUCGGCAAGUGGCUGUCGCCGCGGGAGCAGCGGUGGGCGCCGCCGGGGACGCACUUCCACCAGUUCGUCGUCCCUCCCAUCCUCGGCUUCCGCCGCGACUGCACCUACGGCAAGCUCGCCGCCAUGCAGCUCCCCAAGGACGUCCAGGGCCUCGGCGCCUGCGAGUACUCGCUGGAGCGGGGGGUGGUGCACGCCUGCCACGCCGGCGGCGUGGUGCACUUCCUUGAAGGGUACACGCACCACGAGGUGGGCGCCAUCGACGUCGACCGCAUCGACGUCGUCUGGGAGGCGGCGCUCAGGCACGGCCUCCGGCCCGUCUGAUCGAUCCAACGGCCGGCUCGUCGUCGUCGUUCUCUUUAGAUCUCCUCUACAUUUUUCAAGUUUAUUAAACACAUGCAUCGUCGUCGUCGUGGUCAACUGGUCAUCGAUCGCCAUCAAAUCAAUCUCGUGUGGUUCCCAGCGAAUUCAAUUUGCUACCACCAGCUUUCCCCCAGCACCGUGUUUUGAUUUGUUUACACGUAUAUGUAUACUCAUUAUAUUGAUAUAUUUAUAUACUUUUCAUGGAGGGCUACGAUUUGGUGUUGGCUACAUAAAGAGAUAGAUGAGCUGUAUGAAACGUGUAGAUAUAUGUAUAAUAUAUACACAAGAUGAGAAGUAUUAUAAGUUUCAGAAAAGUGAAAGUAUUAUAUAUACAUCACAUCUGCAUUUGAUUU